CACACACACGGGUCUCUCUCUCGUUAGCUUUGUGUUGUGUGAUCUCGGCUGCGGCUAGUCUGUGUGUAAUGCAUAAACGGACGGGUCUCUCUCGUUAGCUUUGUGUUGUGAUCUCGGCUGCGGCUAGUCUGUGUGUAAUGCAUAAACGGACGGGUCUCUCUCGUUAGCUUUGUGUUGUGAUCUCGGCUGCGGCUAGUCUGUGUGUAAUGCAUAAACGGACGGGUCUCUCUCGUUAGCUUUGUGUUGUGAUCUCGGCUGCGGCUAGUCUGUGUGUAAUGCAUAAACGGACGGGUCUCUCUCGUUAGCUUUGUGUUGUGAUCUCGGCUGCGGCUAGUCUGUGUGUAAUGCAUAAACGGACGGGUUUCUCUCGUUAGCUUUGUGUUGUGUGAUCUCGGCUGCGGCUAGUCUGUGUGUAAUGCAUAAACGGACGGGUCUCUCUCGUUAGCUUUGUGUUGUGAUCUCGGCUGCGGCUAGUCUGUGUGUAAUGCAUAAACGGACGGGUCUCUCUCGUUAGCUUUGUGCUGUGAUCUCGGCUGCGGCUAGUCUGUGUGUAAUGCAUAAACGGACGGGUCUCUCUCGUUAGCUUUGUGUUGUGAUCUCGGCUGCGGCUAGUCUGUGUGUAAUGCAUAAACGGACGGGUCUCUCUCGUUAGCUUUGUGUUGUGAUCUCGGCUGCGGCUAGUCUGUGUGUAAUGCAUAAACGGACGGGUCUCUCUCGUUAGCUUUGUGUUGUGAUCUCGGCUGCGGCUAGUCUGUGUGUAAUGCAUAAACGGACGGGUUUCUCUCGUUAGCUUUGUGUUGUGUGAUCUCGGCUGCGGCUAGUCUGUGUGUAAUGCAUAAACGGACGGGUCUCUCUCGUUAGCUUUGUGUUGUGAUCUCGGCUGCACUGAGUGUACUGCACGGGGUUUCCAUGUUUGCCAGCAAGCCCGGUCAUCUUGUGUGUUUUUUUUCUUAAGGGGCGUGUUCUAACUAUCUUGAUUGAAAGCAAAGGCUUCUUUCCCUAGCCAUUGCUGAAAAAAAAAAAAAACUCCAUUACCAGCACAGGGUCGCAAUCUUCUCGGGUUUCUCUUAAAAAACCUUAACGUUACAGACUUUCCGGCUCUUAUGUUUCUCUAGGAAAACGUUUAGUCGAGACCAUUAUGGAGGUCUGAAGCCGGAAAAUAGACGUUUUUGCCUCCAAAACAGCCGUUUUUCCGGCCACAGCAGAGCGACGACUGGUCCUGUUUUUAUGCCCUGUCUUGCCGCAUUGAGUUUGCGUUUUGAGAUCAAGGUAAACGCCAGCUGGCUGCUGGGAGAUGAGGAAGCCUCGGAGGAAGUUGAGACAGGCUGCCGAGGGCCCGCGAUCCCCGUCCCCCUACCGCCUGAAGUGCUCGCCCACCCGGGAGACGCUCACCUACGCCCAGGCGCAGAAGAUGGUGGAGGUGGACAUUGAUGGGCGGCUGCACCGCAUCAGCAUCCUGGACCCGCUCAAGGUCAUCACGGAGGACGAAAUGAUGGCGCAGGACAUCAGCGAGUGCAACAGCAACAAGGAGAACAGUGAGCAACCGCUCAGCCCUGCCAAGGCUGGCAAGAAGCCGCCGACCGCCAAGGGCAAGAAGAAAGAGCCCGCCAAGAAUUCCUCUUUGGGUGCGGGGGGCGGAGGAGGGGGGGGGUCUCAUCACCACCACCACCACCACCACCACCACGCCCUGCCCAAGCCCACCUUCAAGAUCCUGGAGUCCUUCACUCCGACGGACGCCCCGCCCCUACCGGCCGCCUAUUACCGCUACAUGGAGAAGUCGGUGGAUGAGCUUGACGCUGAGGCAGAGUACGACAUGGAUGAGGAGGACUUCGCCUGGUUGGAGAUGAUUAACGAUAAGCGCAGGUCUGACGGGCAUGCCUCCGUCUCCCCGGACACUUUCGAGGUGCUCCUGGACCGGCUCGAGAAGGAGUCCUUCUUGGAGAGCCGGAGCCAGGGCCCCUCUCAGACGGUCAUUGACGAGGACGCCUUCUGCUGCGUCUGCCUGGAUGAUGAGUGCCACAACAGCAACGUCAUCCUCUUCUGUGACAUCUGCAACCUGGCUGUCCACCAGGAAUGCUACGGCGUGCCCUACAUCCCCGAGGGCCAGUGGCUGUGCCGCUGCUGCCUGCAGUCGCCCGCCCGGCCUGUGGACUGCGUCCUUUGCCCCAACAAAGGAGGGGCCUUUAAACAGACGAGCGACGGUCGCUGGGCGCAUGUAGUAUGCGCCAUCUGGAUCCCUGAGGUCUGCUUUGCCAACACAGUGUUCCUGGAGCCUGUGGAAGGGGUGGAGAACAUUCCCCCUGCCCGCUGGAAGCUGACCUGCUGCAUCUGCAAGCAGAAGGGGGUGGGCGCCUCCAUCCAGUGCCACAAGGCCAACUGCUACACCGCCUUCCACGUGACCUGCGCCCAGCGGGCUGGCCUCUUUAUGAAGAUCGACCCUGUGCGGGAGACCAGCGUCCAUGGGACCACUUUCUCUGUCAAGAAGACAGCUUUCUGCAAGGCCCACUCCCCGCCGGGCACCGCCAGGAAGAAAGGGGCCGCGUCCAACAGCGAGGGGGAAGAAGAGGAAGAGGAGGAGGAUGAGGACGAGGCAAGGGCCCGUGCGCACCACAAGCGCACCCUCAAGAAGGCGUCCAAGCUGAAGUGCAAAAUAAAGAAGUCGAUGGAGGUGGCAGCCAGGCGCUCCGCCAUGCCUGUGGUGAUGGUGCCACAAAUCCCUUCGCACAGGUUGAAUAAAAUCUGCACUGGCGUUUCUGUUCAGAGGAGGAACCAGUUCAUGCAGAGGCUGCACAAUUACUGGCUGCUGAAGAGGCAGUCCAGGAAUGGCGUUCCCCUGAUUCGCAGGCUGCACUCGCACUUGCAGUCCCAGAGAAACACAGAACAGGCGGAACCGGACGAGAAGACGAGCGCGGUGAAGGAGGAGCUCAUGUACUGGCAGAAGCUGCGGCACGACCUGGAGCGGGCGAGGCUGCUGGUGGAGCUGAUCCGCAAGAGGGAGAAGCUGAAGAGAGAGCAGGUUAAAGUCAGUCAAGCUGCAAUGGAACUGCAGCUCACUCCCUUCAUCGUACUCCUGCGCACAACCCUGGACCAGCUGCAGGAGAAGGACUCGGCACAGAUCUUUGCAGAACCAGUUGACCUGAAAGAGGUCCCAGAUUACCUGGAGUUCAUCUCCCACCCGAUGGAUUUUGCCACCAUGCGGACGAAGCUGGAGUCUCAUGGGUACAGGACCUUGGGCGAAUUUGAAGUGGACUUCAACCUCAUCGUCAGCAACUGCUUGAAAUACAACGGCAAAGACACGAUAUUCCACCGGGCCGCGGUGCGCCUGCAAGAGCUGGGUGGAGCUAUCCUGAGACACACCCACCGGCAGGCAGAGAACAUCGGCUUCGACCGGGAAACGGGCAUGCACCUCAGAGAGUCUCCCAGAACAGAGGACUUCUACCGCUUCUCCUGGGAAGACGUGGACAGCAUCCUGGUCCCGGAGAACCGUGUGCACCUGUCCCUGGAGGAUCAGCUGAAGGAGCUGCUGGACAAGCUGGACAUGGUGAGCUCCAUGCGCUCAAGCGGCGCCCGCACGCGCAGGAUUCGCCUGCUCCGCCGUGAGAUCAACAGCAUCCGGGGUAAGAGACAGCUGCACAACGGGGAGCGUGGCCGACACCCGCGGGGGGAGGAGACCGACCGGGAGCACAGCCGACACCCGCGGGGGGAGGAGACCGACCGGGAGCACAGCCAACACCCGCGGGGGGAGGAGACUGACUGGGAGCACAGCCAACACCCGCGGGGGGAGGAGACUGACCGGGAGCACAGCCAACAGCCGCGGGGGGAGGAGACUGACUGGGAGCACAGCCAACACCCGCGGGGGGAGGAGACUGACUGGGAGCACAGCCAACACCCGCGGGGGGAGGAGACUGACCGGGAGCACAGCCAACACCCGCGGGGGGAGGAGACUGACCGGGAGCACAGCCAACACCCGCGGGGGGAGGAGACUGACCGGGAGCACAGCCAACAGCUGCUGGGGGAGGAGACCGACUGGACGCACAGCCAACACCUGCGGGGGGAGAAGACCAAUCGGGAGCACAGCCAACACCCACGGGGGGAGGAGACUGACUGGGAGCACAGCCAACAGCCGCGGGGGGAGGAGACCGACCGGGAGAAACCCGAGGGCGAGGAGCAAGGAAGCAGCCCUGACAGAGCAGGUGACACAAAAUCCACCCCGCCACCUACCCUGGAGCUCACGGGACCCCCACCUUCCCUCACAGAUUGUGACGCCCAUGAAGAGCCGCCCACCCUCAAGCCCAUGGGAGGGGGGGUUGAGGGCAGGGCUCAGAGCCGACUGCAUAAGCGCUUGAAAUCGGACAGCGAGGUCCUGAACAGCAAGCGGCUCCAGAGGGAGAGGGAGCACGACGGUGGAGCCACAGCCCAGCGGCUGCUCAGCGACAGCGGUGUCAACGGGCUGAGCGGCAGCCCCAUUCCUGGCGUAGGCAGGCGCACCUCCGUCCUCUUCAAGAAAGCCAAAAACGGGGUGAGGCUGCAGAAGGGCUACGAGAGCCCGCUACACAACGGGGACGAGCAUGGACCCCCAGCCCGCAAGAGUGAUGGGGAGAAACCCUCACGCAGGGCGGCAGAGGCAGGGUUAACGAAUGGCUUUGGAAAGCACACGCAAAGUGGCUCAGACUCGGAGUGCAGUUCAUCAUUCACGGCUGCUGUGCCGUUUGAGAAAGACGGGAGCACAUCUCCUCCUAAACGCAGUCGUGGAAAGCCAGCACUUUCCAGGGUUCCCUUUCUAGAGAGCGUCAAUGGGGACUCUGAUUACACCUCCACAGGCAGAAAUAUCUUGAUGCCAUUUGAAAGCAAUGCAGAACUGGAGACUUUGGACCUUGUGUGGGCAAAGUGCAGGGGGUACCCUUCGUAUCCGGCGCUGAUUAUCGACCCCGAGAUGCCGCGGGAAGGUUUGCUGCACAAUGGGGUCCCGAUCCCGGUCCCUCCUUUAGAUGUGCUGAAGCUGGGGAAGCAGAUGCAGACCGAAGCGGAGGACAGGCUCUUCCUCGUCCUUUUCUUUGACAACAAGAGGACCUGGCAGUGGCUUCCCCGUGACAAAGUCAUGCCCCUGGGAGUGGAGGACACGAUGGAUAAGCUGCGCAUGAUGGAGGGGCGGAAGACCAGCAUCCGCAAGUCCGUCCAGGUGGCGUACGACCGCGCCAUGAUGCACCUGAGCCGUGUGCGGGGGGAUCACGCCUUCAUCACCUCCAAUUACCUCUAGAAACACAAAACAAGGCUGUGUUUGUAUUAAAGGACAACCAAAACUAUUGAAGUACUGUUCCGCAAAAAACGCCACAAGAGCUUUUUUUUAAUUUUAUUUUAGUUCUAUUCUUUUUUUUCACGUCUUUCUAAAGAAGGAAAGUUAAGAGGAAAAAAGCAUCACUGCCAUUUCUUGUAAUAUAAUUGCUUUUUACUUUUAAUCUUUUACGAACCACUUCUUGUACAUGAAAAGCACAGUUUCAUGGUACUCCUUGCUUUUGCAAUGAAUUUUCGGAGGGCACUACGGGCUAGACAGUUAUGUAAAUACUUGUAAAAUAAUGUUAUAAAUUAUUGUUGGCUGCACC